AAGGUUGAGGAGACAGAGGAGGAUUGCCCCUGCUCCUGGUGCCAAUCCCUGCUGGGAGUAUUGGGCAAUAAAACCAACCAGGGCUGCCCGGUCCCGGCGGCGAUGCCGGGCGCUGCCGUGUGGCCGGCGGGGAGCCCCGGCGCGGUGUGGGCCAGCGAGGCGCUGCUGGCGGCCGCCGCCUUCUGCCUGCUGCUGCUGGCGCUGCAGCGGCUGCGGCCGCCCGGGGCCGUGCCCGAGGGGCUGCGGCGGCCGCCGGGCCCGCGGGGCUUCCCCGUGCUGGGGAACGUGCUGGAGCUGCGCCGGGACACGCACCUGGCGCUGACGCGGCUCGGCCGCCGCUACGGGGACGUGAUGGAGGUGCGCAUCGGCACCCGGCCCGUGCUGGUGCUCAGCGGGCUGGACACCAUCAGGCAAGCCCUGGUCAGGCAAGGAGACGACUUCAUGGGGCGCCCCGACCUCUACAGUUCCCGCUUUGUGGCGGACGGGCAGAGCCUGACGUUCAGCCCCGACUCCGGGGAGGUGUGGAAAGCGCGCAGGAAGCUGGCCCAGAGCGCCCUGAAGAGCUUCUCCAUCGCCCCCAGCCCCACCUCGUCCUGCAGCUGCCUGCUGGAGGAGCACGUCUCCAAGGAGGCCGAGUACCUGGUCACCAAGUUCCUGCAGCUGAUGGAGGAGGAGAAGAGUUUCGAGCCCUGCCGGUACCUGGUGGUGUCGGUGGCCAAUGUCAUCUGUGCCAUUUGCUUUGGCAAGCGCUACGAGCACGAGGACCAGGAGCUGCUCAGGCUGGUGAAUUCAUCGGAGAAGUUCACUGACGUGGCUGCUGCUGGCAACCCCGCCGACUUCAUCCCCCUGCUGCGCUACCUCCCCAGCCGCAGCAUGAAGCUGUUCAUCGAUUUCAACAGGUACUUCGUCGGCUUCCUGCAGAGGAGGGUCAAGGAGCACUACGAGACCUACGACGAGAACAACAUCCGGGACAUCACGGACUCCCUCAUUGAGCAGUGCCUGGACAAAAAACUGGGAACAAACACGGCCGCGCAGAUCCCCAAGGAGAAGAUCGUCAACCUCGUGAACGACCUCUUUGGAGCAGGCUUCGACACCGUAACCACAGCCCUAUCCUGGAGCCUCAUGUACCUUGUGACAAACCCCAACAUCCAGAAGAAGAUCCACGAAGAGCUGGACCGGACCAUCGGGCGGGAGAGGCGGCCGCGGCUGUCGGACCGGGGCACGCUGCCCUACACGGAAGCCUUUAUCCUGGAGAUGUUCCGGCAUUCCUCCUUCCUGCCCUUCACCAUCCCACACAGCACCACCAAGGACACGGUGUUGAACGGCUACUUCAUCCCAAAGGAUCGCUGCGUGUUCGUCAACCAGUGGCAAGUGAACCACGACGAGAAGCUUUGGAAGGACCCAGAAACCUUCAACCCCGAGCGUUUCCUCAGCGCUGACGGGACCAGAGUGAACAAAGAGGAAGGGGAGAAGGUGCUGGUGUUCGGCCUGGGGAGGAGGAGGUGCAUCGGGGAGAACAUUGCCAGGAGCCAGGUGUUCCUCUUCCUGGUCACGCUGCUCCAGCAGCUGGAGUUCAGCGUCUGCGAGGGCGGCAGGGUGGACAUGACCCCGCUCUACGGACUGUCCCUGAAGCACAAGAGGUGUGAGCACUUCCAGGUCAGGCAGCGCUUCCCCGUGAAGGGCAGGAGCUGAGCGGUGGGGGCAGACAUCUCCAGGGUGUCCUUGCAGCAGAGCUGGGUCUGGAAUGACUUUGUGGGGUGAUGGGAUAAACUGAAAUUGUCGGGACUUCUGUUUUAUCUGCUUCGUUUUGUGGCAAUUGUUGCCUGUUUUGUUUGCUGGUGUUUCUAGUAUUGCAUAGUUCAUUAAAUGUUGGCUAUUCCACCACA